AGUUGAUCUCCGUUGGCGACGGCGAGGGCGCUGACUUGGCCCUCGUUCGGCACAUCGCAAUUGGACGGCCGUCAAAGCAUUCGCAAUUGUGACGGCGUGCGACGUUGUUCUGUGGUGACCGUCGUCGUUGCUACGCGUGUUGACCCACGGCGCGUCGUGACCCCGUCCGCCGCCACCGCAACAGCGCAAACAACAGACUCAGCCGGGCGUGCAACCAGCCGGCAGCCGCGUGCAUUCAACCAGAGGCCGACGAGCUCAUCCGCGUCGGGCAUCGGAGCGUGCUGCUCAAGAAGAUGAGAACUGGGCGGUUUGCCGAGAGAUCGAAGUGCGUGCGAGUGCCUGUUUCCAUACACUUGUAACUCGUCCCGCGAUCGACAGUCAUCAUGUCGUCCGAAACCGACGUCUUCUCCUCCGUGUUUGGCUUGGGCGACACCGUCCACACAUCGCCAACACCGUUAUCCACGCCGCUGCUCGGGGCUCCGGCACCAGGACAAAGCUUUGGAGGGCCAGAGACGCCGCCGGGACACCGCCUUCACUCAGCAGCAGCCCAGUUGCAGGUCAGGAAAAACCUUGCCUGGAGCACGGCGACGCGUCACUUGAGCCUGGAAGGCGUUUCUAUUGACGAUCUCAGCAGCGCAGGGGCGAAGCAUGUGGUGACUCGACGACGGAAAACGCGCGACGUAGAGGAGGCGAUUGAGCUGCUGCUCGGCUCCGAUGAGAAUGCCAGCAGCGGCGACUGGGACCUUGUCGGAUGGUACACUCUGGAAGUUCGCACGCAUUUCCUGGAGACGGUGGCGCCGAGGAUAGCGGAGGCCUGGUCUCAGCCCGUGACGGAGCCAUUCGUUUUGCAAGCGCUGGAAGACACUGUUCUCAGACUGUCCCAGGUCCAGGAACUCUACACCGGCCGGUUGCGUGAUGACCUACUGCCCGCGAUUGCGUCUCGCGAGAGACGACGACGAAGUGGAUCAUCGCAGUUGGACAGCUCAAGCUGGUCUGAACAGUCCGUCAGGGUCGAGAGAACCUUCUUAGCAAAGCUUCAUGCGUUGUUUUUGCACGCCUUCCCAGCACAAAAGCUGUCGUCUGCGCUAUCUUACGCCAUGUACAGCGUCUCCAAAGACAUCUUUGGCUUCGAGCUCCGAGAAGAUGAGCCGUCCAAGGCCUCAAAACCGAUCACAGAUACAGUCUUCUUUAGCCUUUUAGAACAGUUGCAAAGCGUCGGACUCGGCGAUGACUUCGGCCAGCGCGCCUUCGCUACGGCCAUGUGGCACAUUCUCGACGACUUUGUCACCGGCCACUGGAUGAAAGUGGACUGGGAGCGUCACCAGCCUCGGACCAAGACGCUCUCUCGUUUUAUCUCGCACGCUUUCACACCCUUCACGAGGAAGUGCAUAGCGCUGCUGGGCGGCACGCCGGAUGAAGUGUGCUCGUACCAUAAGAUGGCUGUCGCUCGCCUCGGUAGAGAGCGCAUCGCACACUUGUUUGACUACGUUGUGCGCUGGGAUGAGUCGCUGGGUGCGGUGCGCGAUAUCAAGGAGUACAUCACGACACCAGAGGCGAGGCUGUUUCUCACAUCCAAGUUCACUGAUCAGGUACAGAGGCGACUGCUACACGCGGGAGCGACGACAACGCACAUACUCAACCUUUACAUUAACAUCAUACACGCGUUCAACGAACUGGAUCCAAAGGGAGUGCUGCUGGACAGGAUUGCCAGACCGAUCCGUCGAUAUCUUCGCCAACGCGAAGACACGGCACGCAUCAUCGUCACAAGCCUGCUUGCUGAUCUUGAUGAAGAUGGAAAACCUACGACAGACACCAGCGGGGGGACCGACAUUUCCAUAGCCAUUGCCAAGGAAAUGACAAAGCCCAUCGUCGGCCUUGACGCAGACGAGGAUCAUGACAUGGAUUGGGACAACAUGGACUGGACCCCAGACCCAGUCGACGCAGGUCCCGACUUUAAGCGAUCCAAAAGUCAGGACGUGACCUCCGCACUUCUCAGCCUCUAUGACCGAGAGGACUUCAUUAGCGAGCUCAAGACGAUUCUUGGAGAGCAUUUGCUACGCAGCUAUGACGUGAACGAGCACUUCGAGAAGGAGGAGCGGUUGCUUGAACUGUUCAAGAAUCGCCUAGGCGAGGAAAAAUUGCAAGCGUGCGAAGUGAUGUUGCGCGACGUGCAGUCGUCGCUUCACAUGAAUAGGGCAAUCCACCGCUUCCCUGCAUAUACCCAAACGCACGCCGAAGUGGGUAAAGUUGAGCUGAAUGCACACAUCCUGUCGAGCUUCUUCUGGCCUAGUCUGAGAGACGACGACUUCCGAGUUCCCGAACCCAUCGUUUUAUUGCAGAAGAGGUAUGAGGAGGCGUUUGAGGCCGUCAAAGACACAAGAAAGUUGAGGUGGAUGACGGCGCUGGGAAGAGUGGUCGUGGAGCUGGAGUUCGAGGAUCGGAAGUUCGAUGAGGAAGUGCCGACAUGGACAGCAAGCGUAAUAUAUGCCUUCCAAUCUGCAGACGCGGGUGAAGGCGACACCGCGCCAGUAAAGUCAGUACAGCAAUUGGAGGACGAACUAGAGAUGGACGAGGCUCUAGUGCGAAACGCUCUCACCUUCUGGCGGGGAAAGCAGGUGCUCAAGGAGACCGCGCCGGAUACGUAUACCGUGAUUGAGAAUCUCUCGGCAGUGGAUCAUCAGUCAACCGGCGCACCCGUCUCAAUGCCCGUCGAGGACGACGCCGCGGUGUCAGCGGUGAAGUCGCAGCAGGAUCUGCUGAGCGAGAAUGCAGAGCUGUACAGGACGUUCAUCGUAGGCAUGUUGACGAACCAGGGCAAUCUACCGCUCAUGCGCAUCUUUAUGAUGCUAAAAGUCGUCGUCCCUGGUGGAUUUCCGUUCGGAAUGGAAGAGGUCAGGACUUUGCUCAAAGGCUUGGUAGAGGAGGGGAGACUGGUUGGCCAGGGUGAUGUGUACGGUAUGAAGAGGAAUUGAUGUGUGAAUGCCACAGCACCUGGGAAAGCCAUGCUACGAAUAGACCUCGUCGUUAGUUUGGGCUGCCUCGAAAUCUGCCUCCAGUCAUUGCGCGCGUCCUGAGCAUACAAUCACCCGUCGUGCAAACGUCGGGUCGCAUCUUACUUUGAGAAGAGAUUAUUCUACGAGCAGAACGUUAAGGCAAUGAGAGACGAUACAACAAGCUCCAUCUUUUCCUCGUGUUAUCUGACAACAACAUUGGCGCACUUUGGCAGUCGCACUUCGCUUUCGCGUUCAAUCCGCAUCGCAAUCCACGAAGGUAUUGUAAAUGACGCCUGUAUUUGCUCGAUUCUCGAUAGCUUUGCAUUCGUCAAAAAGGAUCGUGCCGUUGCGGUUGAGCAGUUCGUGUCGAUCUGACCAGGGAUCUGAUCGAUACGAGAGACAGCCUACUACGUGCCUACAAACAUUCCAAGUCACUCUGUAUCCACCAUAUGAUGAUUAAAUAUGGAGUUUUGCAAUCGAU